CGGUGGAGCACCUCUGUUGGCUGUGUGAUCUCUGAGGUCUGCUCUCACUCCCGUUAUUCCGGAGCAGAGCUGUUCCCCGUUUACCUGCCGCCCGCUCACCUGAGCUCACUCACCUGUCCGGAGCUGCGGCCAACCGGCGGACAGGAAGCGGACUUAACGAGCAGAAAGCGGCGGAUCGAGCGGGAGGUGUUCGGAGCAGCGUCCCGGUUUCCUGAUCCCGGCGCUCCGCGGGGCGGGACCCAGCAUGCCGAGGGCCUUUCUGGUGAAGAAGGCGAACGUGUCGCCGGGGAAGCGGAACUGGAGCGAGCUGCCGGACCAUGAGCGGGGCGACGUCUACAUCCCAGUUUCCAUCUUCCCUCCGUCCGUCCUGAUGAUGGAGGCCGAGGCCAGUCCGGCCGAGACGGCGCCGCUCUGCCUCGCCAAAUACUCGGACACGCAGACGUACGCCGAGCUGCCGUCCAGCACGGUCCUGGGUCGCCCCCGGAGCCCGGCCGAGGAGAGGUCCGAGGUCCGGAGGAGGGCGCAGGGCGGCUCCACGUACGUCAGGGCCAAAAUCAAGGUGACUACCGGCGAGUUGCCUCCCGAUCCGUCUCCUCUCCCUCUAAAUCUUCCUCCCAUUCCCACUCAACCACUCUCGGCCACACAUGUGAUGCCAGUUGCCCCGACGACGACCUCUGCCACCGUGGAGACGGUCUCCAUGGUGACCAGAUCAGCAGGUCAAAGUCAAAGUGCGUCCACAGCGACGACGGGAGAGUUUGUGUGCCAGAUCUGCCAGAAAACCUUCCAGUACCAGCGGAUGUUAAACAGACACGUCAAAUGUCACAACGAGACCAAGAGACACCUGUGCAGCUUCUGCAGCAAAGGCUUCAACGACACCUUCGACCUCAAGAGACACGUACGCACUCACACAGGCGUCCGUCCCUACAAGUGCACCCUGUGUGAGAAGGCCUUCACCCAGCGCUGCUCCCUGGAGUCUCACAUGAAGAAGAUCCACAGCGUCACCCUGAAGUACGCCUACAAAGAGCGACGCAACAAGCUGUACGUCUGCGAGGAGUGCGGCCACACAGCCGGAACUCAGGACGAGCUGCUCAUCCACCUGCACCAGCUUCACCCCGACAGCCCUCUGCUGAAGGGGAAGGCUGCCCGGAGGGGAGGAGGGCCGGGAGGAGGCUCGGUGGGAGGAUCCACGCCGGGUUCUCCACAGGGAGCCGACAGCGACGACACCACCGGAUCAGCCGGGCAGUAGGACGGCGGGAGGCUGGAGGAGCUUCAGGAUAAACUCAGGGGAUGAAGGACGAUGAGCGCGGUGUCGCAGCAGACUGUAGAGCAGCUGAACUGUAUAUGUGUAUAUAUUUAUGGAUGUGUUUGGAUUUGGGCAUCGACUCUAUAAAACAAUGAAAUCGUGAACUAGCAAAGACCCGGUGUGACUCAUCCAGACACUGAUGAGCAGAAACACACCUGAUGUGACUGCAUGGACCGGUUCAGCCUCCGGUUCCUCCAACAUCCAGCAAACUCACGACGAGGACGUCGCUGGUGACUCAGAUGGUCUUAUGUUUGGCUCAUAUGUGUUUUUCUACAUGGGACUGUGUUUUUCCUCCUUUGUGUUGCAUGUGAAUACGACCUGUGGGCUCCUCUGUACAGUCGAAAAGAUGAGUUUUUUUAUGGAAAAUACUUUAUUCAUUAAAGGGAGUAAUAUAUUACA